CCUUCUUGAGCACCAACAGCACAUUCAUCCCACAAUUUUACUCCUCUUUCGAUUUGCGAAUAAACUUUUGGCACCGAUUAAAAUAGCAGGCACAGGCACCGCACAAGGCAGCGGCAGCUCCAACUCAGUGUCGAUCCCUUUUUCCAUCCUACAUUUUCCCUCUUUUAGCUCUCUGGUCCCAAUCUACUCCAAAUUAAACUCAUUGUCUCCUCCUCCUCCUCCGUCGCCUUCUGGUCCCUAGACGCCGCGCCCACGUUAACUGAACCCCAAUUUGAUUCGCAAAACCUUCAGGUUUAUGGAUUGGGUGAUUUGAUAGUAGAGGCAAUUGAAUCGUUCUGAAGAUGUCUUGGUUUGGCGCGAAAGUGUCCCUAUCGAGCUUGGAUCUCGCCGGGGCCUUGAAUAAAGUCAGUGAGAGCGUCAAGAAUAUCGAGAAGAAUUUCGAUAGCGCUCUAGGCCUUGAGGAGAAAUCUGAUGGCACCACUGGCAGCAGCAACGAAACUCCAGGAUUAUGGCCUUCAGCUAAUGAUAGAAAAGCGUUGUUUGAUCCCGUCAUGUCCUUCAUGGGACAAAGAGGUGGGGUUAGUACUGUGGAUCCUCUUGGAAAACCUGAAUCAUCAAUUCUCUCAUCUCCUAUGAUAGAUGAAGAAUUGGCCAAGCCUGAUAGCUCGACCAAAUCUGGAGUAGAACAAACUGCACAUGCUGAAGUGAGGGAAGAAAGAAAGAAUGAUAUUGUAGAUCCAGUUACUGCUGAAGAAGGACUAACUUCAAGUGGAGAGCAAAAUGAGAUGCCUGCGGCAGAAAUUAGUGAAACAGCAACUGAUUCAUCACCAUUGCCUGUUGAAGUGUCUGAGACAAAUGCUGAAAAUGUAGAGCAAAAAGAUUCACCUAACCUACUUCAGAAGGAGACCUCAGAAGAACCUUUAAAGGACAGCUCAGAAAAAUCUUCCAGGGAGAGCUUAGAAGAACCUUUAAAGGAAGGCUCAGAAGGAUCUUCUGAAAACUCGGAGUUAGUGGAACCCAAUUCCAUGAAAUCUGUAGAUCAAGCAGCAGGUGCAGCCCUUGUACUGGAUGGACUGGAUAAUAUUGGUGCUGUGGAGGAGAGCACAGAGGACCAGAGGACACUGGUAGGAGAGGUCGCAGGGGAAGUUUUUCCAUUUCAAGCACAAGAUGUGAUAACAGAGAAUUCAGGAAGUGUAGAGCUUGCUGUUUCAGAUUCUGUUACAACAUAUGUGACUGAAAAUGCAGAAGUAUCCUCAGAAAGAAACUUUCCCGUUGUUCAUCAUACACAAGAGUUGGCAGAUAUGGUCUCUGAACCAAAAUCAACUAAAGCUGUUGAGAUGACUCAGAAAGCUGAUGAUGAGAUUGAUGCAAAAGAACAGCGUUUGAGUUCAAGUGGCAACUCAUCCAGUAUUGCUGAUUCAACUGAAUUGGAGAAGGUGAAGAAGGAGAUGAAAAUGAUGGAAACUGCACUUCAAGGAGCUGCCAGGCAAUCUCAGGCAAAAGCUGAUGAAAUUGCAAAAUUGAUGAAUGAAAAUGAGCAACUAAAGGGUGAGAUUGAGGAUCUGAGGAGAAAAUUCAAUGAAGAAGGAAUUGAAUCUCUGCGGGAGGAGUACCAUAAUAGGGUAGCAUCACUUGAGAGGAAGGUUUAUGCUCUCACUAAGGAAAGGGAUACACUGCGCAGAGAACAGACUAAAAAAAGUGAUGCUGCCGCUCUUUUGAAGGAAAAAGAUGAAUUUAUUAAACAAGUCAUGGAUGAAGGUGAACAACUUUCUAAAAAACAAGCUGCUCAAGAGUCUCAAAUAAGAAAAUUGAGGGCACAGGUAAGAGAGCUUGAAGAAGAGAAGAAAGGAUUGCUUACUAAAUUAGAGGUUGAAGAGAACAAAGUAGAGAGCAUAAAGAAGGAUAAGGCAGCAACCGAGAAACUACUCCAGGAAACUAUAGAAAAACAUCAAGCAGAGCUUGCUACCCAAAAAGAAUUCUACACGAGUGCUCUGGUUGCUGCAAAAGAAGCUGAGGCAUUAGCAGAAGCACGGGCUAACAAUGAAGCCAGAACUGAACUGGAAAGCCGUUUAAGGGAAGCUGAGGAGCGUGAAGCUAUGCUAGUUCAAACAAUUGAAGAAUUAAGACAAACUCUCAGCAGAAAAGAGCAGCAAGCAGUUUUUAGAGAAGACAUGCUGCAGAGAGACAUUGAGGAUCUUCAAAAGCGAUAUCAAGCUAGUGAGCGUCGCUGCGAGGAGCUAAUUUCUCAAGUACCUGAAUCUACCAGGCCUCUUCUGAGGCAGAUUGAAGCUAUACAGGAAACUACUGCCAGAAAGGCUGAAACUUGGGCUGCAGUUGAGAGGUCCUUGAAUUCACGACUUCAGGAAGCAGAGGCCAAAGCUGCUGCUGCGGAUGAAAGGGAGCGAUCAAUUAAUGAACGCUUAUCUCAAACUUUAUCUCGAAUAAACGUUCUUGAAGCUCAGAUAUCAUGUCUCAGAGCCGAACAGACACAACUGUCAAGGUCCCUUGAAAAGGAAAGACAGAGGGCAGCAGAAAAUAGGCAAGAGUAUCUUGCUUUAAAGGAGGAAGCUGAUACACAUGAAGGUCGUGCGAACCAGCUUGAAGAAGAAAUUAGAGAGCUUAGGAGGAAACACAAGCAGGAGAUACAGGACGCAAUGACAAAACAGGAACUUCUUCAGCAGGAGCUGGAGAAAGAGAAAGCAGCACGAUUGGAUCAAGAAAGGGCAGCUCGGCUUCAAUCUUCUGUUCUAUCAGAUCAAAGCCCUAAAACAAAGCAAAUGCCUCCUAUAGAAAAUGGAAAUUUGAUUCGCAAGCUUUCAAGUGCUAGCAGCUUGAGCAGCAUGGAGGAAAGCUACUUCCUACAAGCAUCUUUAGACUCAUCUGAAAAUUUGUCCGAACGAAGAAAUCAGGGUGAGGGAUCCUUGAGUCCAUAUUACAUAAAGAGCAUGACACCUGGAGCUUUUGAGUCUGCAUUGCGACAAAAGGAAGGGGAGCUUGCCUCAUACAUGUCUCGAUUGGCAUCUAUGGAAUCAAUUCGUGAUUCCCUAGCCGAGGAGUUGGUUAAAAUGACCGCCCAGUGCGAAAAAUUACGGACUGAAGCUGCCUUAUUGCCUGGCUUACGUGCGGAGCUAGAGGCAUUACGAAGAAGACAUUCGUCGGCACUUGAGUUAAUGGGUGAACGUGAUGAGGAGUUGGAAGAACUCCGUGCCGACAUUAUUGACUUGAAGGAGAUGUAUAGGGAACAAGUAAACUUGCUUGUAAAUAAGAUCCAGGUAAUGAGUUCGACGAUGGGUGCUACUUAAUGGGGGCUUUUGUUCCCUCGGCUAUACUUUCUUUGUAGUAAAUGUUUGUGGUAAAUGCAACGAUACAUUUCGCAUACAAGUCAGCAAAAAGGAGAUUUUGUUUUGUUUUACUUUGUGCUCCAUAUACUUUGUGUUUUGCAUGAAGAAAUGUAACGCGCGCUUUUGUACUGACUGUAUUAUUCAUUUUGUUAUUUUGGUCUAAAGUUGUACAGCGUAAAGCUUAGUGUUUUGCUCUGGACUUGCAGCAUUGAUAAAAUUUUCAUGGAUCCAAGUGUAGAACUGAAGUCAACUUUUCUCAAUGCUGUACAUUAAUCACUUGUUUCUA